GGACUUGCACGUUCCGUCCCGUGCCGGUGCCUACGUUGGACCCCACCGCCCUCUUCUCUCUUCCCCGUCUCCGACUCAGCUCCUCCUCCCUUUCCCUCGUCGGCGGCGAUCCCGAAUUGGGAGCGGCGCGCAUGGCGAGCCCCGACGAGACCUGGGCGCGGGGCGGCGCGGGGGACGCGCCGUCGGGCGCCUCCACGCCCGGGGCGUCGACGAGCUACGCGGCGGCCCCGGACGCGGGUGCGGAGGGCGCGUCGCCGGACUCGCUGCAGAACACGCCGUCCAACAUCGCGCGGCUGGAGGACGCGAUAGAGAACUGCGCGGCGCGCCGCAAGUACCUCGCACGCACCAAGAGCCCCUCCGACGGCGAGGACGUCCGCUGGUACUUCUGCAAGCUCCCCCUCACCGACAAAGUGCUAUCUUCGUCGGUACCACGGACAGAAAUAGUGGGGAAAGGAGACUAUUUCCGGUUCAGCAUGAGGGACUCUCUAGCACUGGAGGCAUCUUUCUUGGAGAGGGAGGAAGAGCUGCUUGCAUACUGGUGGAGGGAGUAUGCUGAAUGCAGCGAAGGACCAAGAGGAUCCUUGGUAAAAGGUGAUGAUUCAGACUCAGGAGAUCUGUAUAAGGUGGAGGAGGAGCGGGUUGGGGUACCUGUGAAAGGUGGACUUUAUGAGGUUGAUUUGAAGCGACGUCAUUGCUUCCCUGUCUACUGGAAUGGGGAGAACAGGCGUGUCUUGAGAGGCCACUGGUUUGCACGCAAAGGUGGUCUUGAUUGGAUCCCCUUGCGUGAGGAUGUUUCCGAACAACUUGAGUUAGCAUAUAAUUGUCAGGUCUGGCAUCGUCGCAAAUUUCAACCUUCAGGCCUAUUUGCAGCACGGGUUGAUCUCCAAGGAAGUACACCGGACUUGCAUGCUCUUUUUACUGGAGAGGAUGAUACUUGGGAAGCUUGUCUUGUCUUUGAUACAGGUCCUAGGCUAGGUAGCAACACAAUCAAAUUAAGGCGUGGGUUUUCUUUUUCUGAAUCUGGGAAGCCUUCACAGGAUGAGCUGCGGCAGCAGAAAGAAGAGGAAAUGGAUGAUUACUGCUCUCAGGUUCCAGUUGGUCAUCUGGUAUUCAUGGUUCAUGGCAUCGGACAGAGAUUGGAGAAAGCUAAUCUUGUUGACGAUGUUGUCAAUUUCCACCGAGUAACUACCAACCUAGCUGAAAGAUACUUAACUCCUUAUCAACGAAGUACCCAGAGGGUUCUAUUUAUUCCUUGUCAGUGGAGGAAGAGCUUGAAGCUCAGUGGUGAACGUACUGUUGAGAAAAUAACUUUGGAUGGUGUUAAAGGUCUUCGUGUAGCGUUAGGCGCCACAGUUCAUGAUGUUCUAUAUUAUAUGAGUCCUAUCUACUGUCAGCAUAUAAUUGACUCGGUCUCAAACCAGUUGAACAGGUUGUACAUGAAGUUUUUGAAGAGAAAUCCUGGUUAUAGUGGAAAGGUUUCAUUGUAUGGCCACUCAUUAGGAAGUGUUCUAUCUUACGAUAUACUUUGUCAUCAAGAGUCCCUUUCAGCCCCAUUUCCAACAGAGUAUCUGAACAUGGAAGUUACGCCUAACGAAAGUCAAAUAGUAAAAUCACCCAAUGUAGCUUCUGUACAUGUGUCGGGCGCAAAAGAGCAUGAUACUUCUUCAACUGUACAGCGAUCUUGUGCUGAUAAUGUAAAUGGUGUUGUUGACGAGAACAGCACCAAAACUGAUCCUUCACAUACAGACAACAAUCACCUGUCAUGUGUGCUUGAGAAUACUCCAGAGAAUGAUGCUGCGCUUGCAUCACCUAUUGCAGUGGAUGAAGAACAAAGUGAAGAAGUGUCUACAUCAGCUGUAAGCACAGAAGAUGCUGAUGGGUCUAGCAUUUCAAAAUCUGCUGAGAAAGUCCACGAUGAGGUCCUUGACAAAGACAAACUGAUCUAUUCAUUAGAAGAAGAGGUGAAACGUCUUAAGGCUAGACUAAUACAACUUGAACAACAGAAUGAUUUAGUGUCUGAAAACAUCGGUGGUUUUGAGUGUCAUGAAGGUAAUGAUGCCAAUCAUACACAACACAUGUCAUUAGUCAUUUCAAUGGGGCAAGGCAGCACAAUUCAGUCCUACACACCACAAAUUAGAUACACUAAACUAAAUUUUAAGGUUGACACAUUCUUUGCUGUUGGAUCUCCCUUGGGAGUCUUUCUGUCCCUCCGGAAUGUUCGUAUUGGUAUUGGCGGGGGGAAGGAUUAUUGGCAAGACAAGAACAUAAUUGAAGAGAUGCCAUGCUGCCGGCAGAUGUUCAACAUUUUCCAUCCUUUUGAUCCUGUAGCAUACAGAGUUGAACCACUUGUAUGUGAAGAUUAUAUGAACAAGCGCCCUGUCAUUGUACCCUACCAUAGAGGCGGAAAGAGGAUACAUGUAGGAGUGCAGGAGUUCGCAGAAGAUGUUUCUGCACGUUCUCAAGCCAUUACCCGUCAAUUGAAGUCAUUGAAGGUUAAAGCAGUAGCUGCUUUUCUAGCACUGAGCAGAAAUGACACAGAAGAGGAUAGUGAGGGUACUAAUGAGAAAGGAAGAUCAUAUGGUUCCAUGAUGAUGGAAAGGCUGACAGGUUCGCCAGAAGGUCGAAUUGAUCAUGUGCUUCAGGCGAAAACAUUUCAACACCCAUAUUUAUCUGCCCUGGGAUCUCAUACCAACUACUGGCGAGAUCAUGAUACUGCUCUCUUCAUUCUCAAACAUUUGUAUCGUGAUAUACCUGAGGAAGCUCCAGCUGAUGAAACUGAAAGGAGGCCUAUUAGUCUAUUUUAUGUGAGGGAUCCUAUUGCUGAAGACACUCCUUUGACAUUUUCAGAUAGUUCUUUAGUUAAGGAGUUCUCCAGAAAGGUGAGAACUUAUUCAAGAAAAAUGGAGAGUGAUGCGAACUGUGAAGCCUCCUGAUGGUGUCAAUAUUUGCUGCAACUGUGUUAUGAUCUCACGAUCCUCACUGAGCGGAAGUUGGAUGUAGUUAUGGAAGAACAAUUCCAUGUAAUGGUGCAUGGUUCACAGUUGACAUCAGAGUUAGGGAACGUCGGUGAAUGUUGUAGAUAGAGUACGGCCGGUGGUUGUGUACUGUAACUUUUUUCCUUCCUAUCUGAGAAUGUAACAUUUUACGUAGCAUUCGGCCAUUUUAUGUGUAUAGGUUCUUGUAUCAAGAAUGUGAUGUAGUUGUACAUAUACGAAUUAUGAGAGAUUAGUUUCGAAGAAUGGUUGUAGUUCUUUCUCGUAUACCAACACAAGGAGAGACGAAGGUCAAAGGUGCUGCUUGCAUUUUGCUUUUGCAGCAGCGUAAGGCGAUGGCAAAGUCAUCUUACCUUAGCACUGCCA